AUCGCUUCAACAACAGACACAAGAAUUCAUUAUUCUGUGACUGUCAUUGCAAAAUAGCUGCUACUUUAAUCCGAAGAUUACUGUGAUCAUCAUGCCUGUUGUCCCUUCCAAACCCGAGGAUUUCCCUGUUGCUACGUCCAGCCGCGAUCAAAAGCAAACUGAAGGAGCGAAAAAGGCCUCCGCCCAGGAUCACGUGUCAAAAGGACCUGUUAUCCCCAACGAAAUGCCUCCCAAGGCUUCGCGUGAAGAAAUCGAGGCCAGAAUGAAGGAGUUGAACCAGAAAUAAUAUGCAGGAGAGAGCGUAGCCGCGCAGUCAGGAGUUUUCUGAUCCAGUUCUGUAUAUGCUACGGGAUUUUUGCUCUGAAAAUCGGUACUGGACACGGCAAAUGUUGAUCUGUCUGCACGCCAUGCCGGCCAAGACACUUUUGGUUUAAGAAUGAAACGAUAUUUUCCUUUUCCACUACCUCCACUCCCCACGACAUCCCAAGGACAACAAAGAUGUUACCUCAUCUAUCGACAAUGUGCCCCCAAAUAUGUAAACAUUAAACCCCGUGUCGGUCUCGGAGGCGG